CACGUGACGGGGGUGUGACCCGUGUCCCGGCGGAAGCGUGAGGGACCCAGCGGGGAGCGGGGGCUGCUGGCAGCCGCGGAGCGCGGACUGGCGCGCCACUAGCUGUCGGGGACGAAGAGCAGGAGACACGGCUGUCACCACGGAGCCCGCCGGCACCACCACGGCGGCCGCCGCCGCUUCUCGGGCCGGGGGCGCUGGGGACCAGGCGCCCUCGCUGCCUCCACCCCCGCCGAGGAUGCCGCGCAGGAAGAGGAACGCCGGCAGUAGUUCAGAUGGCACUGAAGACUCCGAUUUCUCUACUGAUCCUGAGCAUACAGACAGCUCUGAAAGUGAUGGCACAUCUCGGCGGUCUGCCCGUGUGACUCGUUCCUCAGCCAGGCUGAGUCAGAGCUCGCAAGAUUCCAGCCCUGUUCGGAAUCCACCAUCAUUUGGGACAGAGGAGCCUGUAUAUUCUACCAGGAGGGUGACACGCAGCCAACAACAGCCUACUCCCGUGACUCCAAAAAAAUACCCACUCCGACAAACUCGCUCUUCUGGAUCAGAAACUGAGCAAGUGGUAGACUUUUCUGAUAGAGACACUAAAAAUGCAGCAGAUCAUGAUGAGUCUCCCCCUCGCACCCCAACUGGGAAUGCCCCUUCUUCAGAGUCAGACAUCGAUAUUUCCAGUCCCAAUGUGUCCCAUGAUGAGAGCAUUGCCAAGGAUAUGUCCAUGAAGGAUUCUGGAAGUGACCUUUCUCACCGCCCCAAACGCCGCCGCUUUCAUGAAAGCUACAACUUCAACAUGAAGUGUCCUACUCCUGGCUGUAACUCUCUAGGACACCUGACAGGGAAGCAUGAGAGACACUUUUCCAUAUCAGGAUGCCCACUGUAUCAUAAUCUCUCCGCAGAUGAGUGCAAGGUGAGAGCACAGAGUCGAGAUAAACAGAUUGAAGAGAGGAUGCUGGCCCACAGACAGGAUGACAACAAUAGGCAUGCCACGAGACACCAGGCACCAACAGAGAGACAGCUACGAUACAAAGAGAAAGUAGCAGAGCUGAGGAAGAAAAGGAAUUCUGGACUGAGCAAGGAGCAGAAAGAGAAGUACAUGGAACAUAGGCAAACGUAUGGCAACACCAGGGAACCCCUGUUGGAAAACCUGACCAGUGAAUAUGACCUAGAGCUUUUCCGAAGAGCACAAGCACGAGCCUCUGAGGACCUGGAAAAGUUGCGGCUUCAGGGGCAGAUCACAGAAGGCAGUAAUAUGAUUAAAACAAUCGCCUUUGGCCGCUAUGAGUUGGAUACCUGGUACCAUUCUCCCUAUCCAGAGGAGUAUGCUAGACUGGGGCGUCUCUACAUGUGUGAGUUCUGUCUCAAGUACAUGAAGAGCCAGACAAUACUACGUAGGCAUAUGGCAAAAUGUGUGUGGAAACAUCCGCCAGGUGAUGAAAUUUACCGCAAAGGCUCCAUAUCAGUUUUUGAAGUAGAUGGGAAAAAGAACAAGAUCUACUGCCAAAACCUGUGUCUGCUGGCGAAGCUUUUCUUGGACCACAAAACUCUCUACUAUGACGUUGAACCCUUUCUCUUCUAUGUCAUGACAGAAGCUGAUAACACUGGCUGUCACCUGAUAGGAUAUUUCUCCAAGGAGAAGAAUUCUUUCCUCAACUACAAUGUAUCUUGCAUCCUGACGAUGCCUCAGUACAUGAGGCAGGGUUAUGGCAAAAUGCUCAUUGACUUUAGCUAUUUGCUGUCCAAAGUGGAAGAGAAAGUUGGCUCCCCAGAGCGCCCUCUGUCUGACUUGGGCCUUAUCAGCUACCGUAGUUACUGGAAGGAAGUUCUUCUUCGUUACCUGCAUAACUUCCAAGGCAAAGAGAUCUCAAUUAAAGAAAUCAGCCAGGAAACGGCAGUGAACCCUGUUGACAUUGUUAGCACUCUGCAGGCACUCCAGAUGCUCAAGUACUGGAAGGGAAAACACCUGGUCUUAAAGAGACAGGAUCUGAUUGAUGAAUGGAUAGCCAAAGAGGCAAAAAGAUCGAACAGCAAUAAGAUAAUGGAUCCCAGCUGUUUGAAAUGGACCCCUCCUAAGGGAACUUAACUACCUGCUACUCCCGAAGCCAGUGAACCCCAGCAGUAGGAAAUACCCUAGGGAUCUCUGUUGUAUCUGUUGCUGUUGUGAUUGGCUGGUACAGUACCCUCCAGGAAGAUCAGUUCCCCUUGGUACUGUUCUGGCUCAGACCUUUUGUGCACACCGCAGACGCUGGUUCUGAGGAACUUAUGUUUCGGCCUCAAUGAGGUUGCAAGGAUUGGAUCUGUAUAGGACCCAAAUGAAGCUACUAGCAAAACUGGCCCAAGGAGUUCUGAUAUCUGGUACUGUACCUGUCCAGUCACUGGUUCUACCCUCACGUUCUUAUUCCAAUGAGGUUGUGUUGUGUCCUAUAAUCUGUCUCUUCCUUCCUGAAGGCUCCUUGCCCUCUGAGUAAUGAACGUGACCACUUCUGUGGCCUUUGAACAAGGUCUAAUGCUUGAUUGGGAAAAAUGUGUAAGUGCAUCCAAACAGGUUUACCAGCACGUUGCCAUUGCACUCAUGUUAGCAUUUUAAACUAGACCUGACUGAUAGACUGCCCGGUCCCAGGUAUCAAUUAUUUUCAAGGAGAUAGUAAGCCACUUAUUUAAGCAGUGCUUCCCACUUAAUGUAGCAGUCUUACUUAAAAUAACAAAUUGUAAAUGGUGCUGUACAUUCUGAAGCUUUCACAAUUUCCAUCUGUUACCAUUAAUGUUGUUAUUCAGGAGUCAAGAUUAAUAGUGUAAGGCACCAGGAUUUGAUAUGCUUUCACAAAAUGGCCCUCAGUGAGCUCCAUUCAGGUUAGCACAGUACCAUGUCAAUUGCCCAGUCUUCCCAAGUCAGGUAUCUGUUUAGCCUCUUCUGGAGUUGAUGGCUUCCUUUACACACAAAAAAUUACCAGUUUAGUGCAUUUCAAUGUAGACAUUCUCCCCAAAAGAGUUUUUCCUUGAAUGGUAGCUUUUCUUUUUGAAAUCUUUUCUUUCCAUAUACUAAGAUGAUAAAACAUUAAUUUUGGAAGGAUUUUUGUUAACCUUGUCCAAACUGCCACAGAAAGUACAAUGCAGUAUCAUCAGUCUUUGGAUUGCCUAUGGCAUACAUUUUGUGCAUUAAUGGCAGCUCCAGCUAGCUGUGUGGAUGGUUUGCUUCUCUGAAGUGCACCCUGUUUGUCUUUGUAGAACAAAAAUGCUUUUUUACCCCCCUGUUCCCUAACCAUCAUCACCAAAAAAAAUACCCUCUGCAAACUGGCUUUCAAGUAUAACCACUGUCCUCUAGCCACAAGUCUUCUGUCUCUCCAAUAUGAUUAAUAGGGAGGGGACAGGCUUGGGGUGAGUGAUGGCAGCAUAAUAUGGUGCCCAUUUCAGUUAGACCCUUUCAGUGAUUUUUUUUUCAUUGAGUAGUGUCUGAACUAAAGCAUUUACAAUGUACUGGUAGGUAGGGGCUAUUUCUUAUUAACCACUGAUCCUUCCCAGUGUGGAGAAGUUCUCUGGUCCCUCUCAUGGUUGGCUGUGCCUCUUUUUGUCCCCUUAAAGAUGUUAUCUCAGUACAAUGUAUUUGUGUCUCUUUGGGCAUUACUGAGGAUUGUUGUCACAUGUCCUUGGCUCCUAUAUUGUAGCUGAAGACAAAUGCUCUUGAAACUAUCUGGCUGGGUGGAUUUUUUUUUUGUGGGGGUAGGGAAGAAGGCUGUUCUUGAAAAGAAGCUAAACCCAGUUUCCCUGAUGUGGUAGAAUGUGCUACUCCUGUAUAUCUACUUCUCAAUAAAGCAUGUUCUCUGCUCAG